GUCCUGGGCCGGGCCUGCACAGCCUGCGGCUAAAUUUAAAGGAGAGAGUCAGGCCCGGCUGGAGGGAAGCUAGUCAUGGAUGUUGGCGGAGUGAUGCUCGCUGUUGGAUGUAUUUGUGUCGCUGUCACCACAUGCACUGAUCCCUUGUAUUCUGAACCCUGGCUGCAAUCAGUGAGUUUGAACAGACGUAUCGUAAAGAAUGGAUUUCAUAGAGAGUUAGUCAUGGAUGUUGAGCUUGGUGAAGGUGCUCACCAAGACUGUUGCGUUAUGAUUAAGGAGCAGUUGCCCCAAGGACUUUACGUGGAUCCAUAUGAACUCGCAUCACUACGAGAGCAUAAGACUGAAGAGAUAUUCGUUCAGAAUGAGAUCAACAUUGAAGCUCCAGAAUAUUUGUCAACAGCACACACGAUUAUUAUCUACCUCAAGCCUGACCCCAAACACAGUGGACAUUUCACUGGCACUGCCCCAGUGCAUGUACGAUAUCAUCGGCCUACAGACACAGAGGAAACCACUGCUUUGGUGACCCUUGCUGAUCCACAGUUGAUGAUUCAUUGCCAGGAAAAUAGUCCAUUAGUGGAAAGUUGGAAAAUUGGUGUGACUGAGGCUCCCUGCUCAGCGAGUAACCCCAGUACCUGUAGCUGGCUGAAUGUUAACUAUCGGAAUGUUGUAGAAACCCGAACACUCCAGGUUCCUGUUGGCCAGAAGAAGGAUGUACUAGCUGUGAUCACUGCAACAUUACUCAUGACCAUUUUGUGCUGCAGCCUUCUUCUCAGAGCUGUGUGGGUACAUGGCGAGUUUGAACACUAACUUGGAAGGCCGUUAAAAGGUCUCAUGCCCCUUGAUAGCCACAUGCGGAAUGAUGUUUGGCAUGGUGCUAGCUAUUGCUCCUCACUCCUUUGUUAUCUUAGGAGCUGAAAUAGCAACACACCUGCCCAAAACUGGUGGACAGAAUGUCUGACCCUUCCCAACACUGUCAGCAUCAACAUCUGGCAUUGUGUGGUUCUCUUCCCAUCUCUGAUUUCCUCACUGGUAUGGAUUGGAUAAUAAUAUGUACUGUAUGACUAAACAACUGGCGCGUACCUUCGAAUAACAUGUACAGACUGUAUUGUUUAAAACCAUGUUGCUUAUAUCAUUCAAUAUCUGGUGGGGAUUGUAUCCUCCAACAAAUGAUGUGGACUGUAUUGUUUAGCAACUGUAGCCGUAUAAUUCAGUAUUUGGUUUUAAUGUCGUGUUAACUACAUUGCUAAGGUUUGUUAAUGUCAGUGUUAAAGUUAGGAAAAACAGGUGAUGAUUAUUAGUUCUCUUUGAGCACACAUAAAUAAGGGACAGCUAGGACACUGGGCUGAGUGGGAAGAAAGUUGUAAGACUGAACAAGUCAAUAAACUCUCUUGAUAAAGAA